AUAUGUCUUACACAAAAGCGAUAUAAAGUUUAUACAAUUGGCAACGUUUGCAGUAACUUUGGCACAGUAUUUUUUGCGAACUCAGCUGGGACGGAUUGUGGUACCGAAAUCAAGUUGAGCAAAACGUAACUUAAACAAUAAUCAUUAAAUAAUCACGUGUCGCGAUUAAAGAAAAAUAUAUAUUUGUUUCAAAUAACAAAUGUAAUAUAAGUGGCGUUAAACUUAAUGUUGUUCAACUUGCAUAAGCUACCCAACAAUCACACUCGGUGAAUUUUUAUUUUGCCGAAUAUAUGUAUUUUUCUAUUUGAUUUCUAAAAACGUUUCGUGGUUGUUAAUAUUUGGGAAACUGAGUUCGUCGUUACAUUCAAAAUUAAUAAAUAGUGUAAAAAGAAUUACGGUUCAGUUCUGAAAAACAGCUUUCUGUUAAUAUUAGAAAUUAUAUCCUUGGUUUGUCAUCCGCAAUCAACGCAUCCCCCUCCACUCCCUCGCUUUAAAAUUUGUUUGUGUAAAAAAAGGUAUAAAGAUCUAAUUAAUCAACUUAACUAAAGUUUACCAAAAAUUUUAAAAUGCUGAUUAAAGAAUUCCGAGUUACCUUACCUUUAACUGUGGAGGAGUAUCAAGUUGCCCAACUUUAUUCAGUUGCUGAAGCAUCCAAAAAUGAAACUGGUGGUGGCGAAGGUAUUGAAGUUCUCAAAAAUGAACCUUUCGAAAAUUUUCCUCUUUUAGGUGGUAAAUACAAUGCCGGACAGUAUACAUAUAAAAUAUAUCAUUUAGCAUCAAAAGUUCCAGCAUUUAUAAGACUGUUGGCACCAAAAGGUUCACUAGAAAUACACGAAGAGGCAUGGAAUGCUUACCCUUAUUGUAGAACAGUUAUUACGAAUCCUAAAUUUAUGAAAGAUAACUUUAAAGUUAUAAUAGAUUCUUUGCAUUUGAGUAAUUGCGGUGAAGAAGAAAAUGUGCAUGAACUGCCACCAGAGAAGCUUAAAGCACGCGAAGUUGUAAUGAUUGAUAUUGCUAACGAUCCUGUCACUCCUGCAGAUUACAAAGUAGAUGAGGAUCCAACAAAGUUUAAAUCAGAGAAAACAGGUCGUGGUCCACUGGUAGGAGCAGAUUGGAAGAAAAAAGUAAAUCCUGUUAUGACAUGUUAUAAGUUAGUAACAUGUGAGUUCAAAUGGUUUGGUUUGCAAUCGAGGAUAGAGAAUUUUAUACAAAAAUCUGAAAGACGAUUAUUUACAAACUUCCAUCGCCAAGUAUUCUGUUGGAUUGAUCGCUGGCACGGUCUAACAAUGGAGGAUAUACGAGCAAUUGAGGAAGAAGUCAAAGAAGAAUUAGAUCGACAACGUCAAUUUGGUGAAGUUAGAGGCAUGCGAGCGGACAGUGAUUAAAUUUAUGCAAAUAUAGAAAACAAAAAACACCAACUACACAAGUAUCUAAUUGAGUUGAAACUUAAAACCAAUGUAAAUUCACUUCUCCUCAUUUUUGGUUCAAUACUUAUUAGCAAAUUAUAAUAUAAUAACAACAUAAAAACAACAAAUACUUUAACUUACGUCAACACCACAUUU